AUGGAGAGUACUAGUGGUGCUAGUCGUGAAACUACUCCCGAGUCUGUUACAGUAGUUGGUGUGAUUGACACGUCUGAAAGCUCAUGCGAAAUAACAUCUGACUCUGAUGGUUCUGGAAGUUCGAACGAGUUUCCAAAGUGUACUUCUGCAUGGGACUGUCAUUUUGUCGACAAACUGGGGGUCAGAUAUAGACAAUGUGACAUCUUUGAAAUAAUCUUAAAUCAAUGGCGUUUAUUUAAUUUGUUUAAAGAGGACUAUCUUGAAGUUGAAAGUUGUCUCAAAGCUUGUGAUUUAGAGGCUAAUUACGAUUCUUUAGAAGAUAUACCUGUUGAAAAAGCUUUUGCGCCAGAGGUUCAAUGGAGAACGCGCGUUCAAACCCAAGAGAACGACAUUUUAAGAGAGCCCCUGGUUUCAAAAUGGUUUUUAGGGAAAUUGACAGAAAUAAACCGCUGCAUAGCUUCCAUAAUUUCACAAAUUAAGCCUGGUGGAGUUGUAUCGGAAUUAAAAUAUCAGGUUUUGUUUGAAAAAGUGCUGCAGGCUUUUGGUUUAACAACUUUGAGCGAUCCAUUUAUAGUUACACAAAAAGCUCAAAUCCUGGGUAGAACUACAUCAUCAAAAGCUGAUAUUUUGUGUUGUCGAGAUGAUUUGGUACACCCAGUUAUCUUUGUCUGUGAGUCAGUACAUGAAAACUGUUCAGAGGUAAAGAAAACCUUAUCCAAAGAAGAUGAUGAUUUGUCCCCUCCCAAAAAGAAACUCAGAGCUAGCUCCUUACAUGAUGCUGAGACUUCCUACAUUGGAGACCAAAGGAUUUGGUCUCAGCAUAUUGGUGAACUGUUUGUUUACCUAGAAUUAUCACCAAUAUCUGAUAGAAUACUUGGCUUUACCAUUGAGAAGACUUGGAUACGAGUAACCUUUCUCAAAGUUCAUCCCACUGGUGUGCAGAAAAUUCAAAAUACACCUGUAAAUAGACCUGGAUCAUUGAAGCUGAAUGAUGGAGAGUAUCCUGAAUUUUACUUCAGCAGACGCUACAAUUUUUUAAAAAGACAAGAUCGCAAGGAUCUGUUUAAAGCUCUUUUGCUCAUAAAGAUAAUGGGAGUAAGAAGAGAGGCAGCUCGAAAGAGUUGAGAAUUAAUGGCAGUUAAGUAAUAAACUGGAAAUGAAAAAAAGGUUCAUACAGCUAAUGAUGUUUUUCUGGAGAACAGCCACAGCGUAAUAAAAAGAAUAAAAUUUCAGGUGCAGUUUACCCUAAAUUACCAGAGAUUUUGCAGAAAACCUAAAUACAUGUAUUCUGAAUUUAUUUAAGAAAAAAAGGUGAAAAAUCAAAUGAUUUUUCAUGCAAAUAUACAUAGAUGUUAUGCUUACAAGUAAAAGUGCACACAUAUAUAUGGUUUUAUUUUCUUUCAAAAAGGGAACUGAUAGUUUGGAAAUAUUUAGAAAAACUGUAAAUUACGUAUCAAAACUUUGAGAUAACAAAUAUGUUUAUAUAUUUUUAGCUGACCUGAGCCUUCGGCGCAGGUGAGGUUUUCGGAUCACAUUUUGUCCAACGUCAGUCUGUUUGUCCACCAUCACAGUAGCUCAGUCGGUAGAGCACUCGAUCCGUACAGGCAAAGGCCGUGAGUUCGAAUCUCGGCUGUGACUGACCUAAGUCGAUAAAAAUUAGGAAGCAACUGUUCCUUCGCCAGGUGCUUUGAAAGUGUAAGUUGCGGGUCCUUUGGAUGAGACCUUAAAAACCUAGGCCCCGUGUCCCACAGGCAUUGGCACUAUAAAGAUCAUCCCACACUGCUCAAUGGCCCUGAGUGCCGAGUAAAGGUCUUAAUUUGAAGCCCUUCACUGGUAUAUCGUGAAGUCUCUAUAGGAGUGAAAAAUUCUUAAAUGGGACAUAAAACGACAUACAAUCAAUCAAUUGUCUGUCCAUCAAGCUAUCCCUCUGAAACUUUUCACAUUUUUGACUUCUUCUCAAGAAUCAGCAGGCCAAUUUUAACCAAACUUGCUACAAAGUAUCUUUGGAUAAAGGGGAUUCAAGAUUGUUCAGAUGAAUAGCCAUGCCUUCUUUUAAUUGGAGCUAAUUAUGAGUUGAAGAAAAAUUAAUGGCAUCUUUUAAAAUUCUCAACCACUGAGCAAAAAAGCUGAACUUAUUUGAAACCAAUCUCAGGAACAGUAGAUCCAAAUUUGUUAAAAUCAUUACCCCCGGGGUAUACAAGGGCCACAAUGGGCCAUCACAUUUUUAUAUAAGAAUCUUAUGGGAAAACUUUGCUUGGUCUUAUUUGUAUGGAAGCUUCCUCAGGAAGUGUAGAUUCAAGUUUGUUCAAAUCAUGACCCCAAGGGUAGGAUGGGGCCAGAAUGGGUGAUGAAAGUUAUUGUAUAAUAGAAGAUGAACUUACAGGAAAAAAUCUUGAAAAAUCUACAUAAGCCAAGAUUAGUCUUAGAAAUUUGGAAGAAAUAUAUUUUUAUUUUUUUUUCCUUUUUAACUUUAAAAAGGUUUUUUAAAUCCGUUUUGUUACCUUAUGGUGGUCCUCCAGAAAAUUGCUCUCAGCUUUAUGAAACUUGAAUUGUUUAUAUCUGUUUUAUUAUGUUGUGGCUGUGCAGCUUUAGAAAUGCCUGAAUGUUGAAAGGAUAAUUUGCUUGCAUGACUGUUUUUUGUUUUUAAACAUGCAUUCAUCUAUUUUCUCAUAUUUUCUUUUUCUUUGUGUUCAAACUUAUAACUUUUUACCAUUUCAAAUACAUAUAAUCACUGACAGCCAGAGAGAACUUUCAUGAAUGAAUGUAUUAAGUAUGAUCCCCCUCCAUUUUAAACACAAAAGAUGGAAAACUUAUCUUUUGUUUUGUUUACAUCUUUGAAAUGAUGAAUCCUUAAAUAUUCAAAUCCAAAUAGUUUGUUAUUAGACCUUUUGAGUCGCUUGAAUGUCAUGAUUAUUUGUUUCAGUCCAUCAUUUGUUGUCUUAUUGCAAAGUUCUUUAAAUUUUAACCAUGGACUUCUACUUUAGACCCACUUUACAAGUAUUAUUGAACUGUGCUUCAGAGCAUUUUAUAGCAUUUACAAUGAAAUUUUAAUCCAUUGUGAAGAGGGAUAUAUGUGUUUACUAAUGAAUUUUUAUCAGCUGUUAUUUAACUCAGUAGAACUAUAAGCUUAAGUUUUAUGAGCUUUUCUGAUCAUCUGUUGUCUCUCGUUCAUACGUCUACCAAUUGAGCUCUAAACUUAAGCCAGUUUCGAUAUUUCUAUAACCAAAACAUGAAUUUCAACAAGAAGGGUUAUUUUUCAAAUAAGAGCCACACUUUCUUUCAAGAGAAGAUAAUUUAGAAGUGGAAAAAUUCGUUUCAUUUUUUACAGAUCUUUUUUUUUCAAAAACCAUUAGACUGCAGAAAACAAAACUUCAGAAAAAGAUUCUUUGGUAGAGUAAGUGAAACCUUUCACAAAAGAAGCCAGGAUUAAUCAAAUCAGUAUGUGCAUUCUUAGACAAUGCAUAGAUAUUUUUUUCAAAUCUUGGCUUCUAAAUAAGAGAGGAGCUACAAAGGGAUUUCUGUAGUUAGAGAUUUACUAGGGGAAUGUAUCUAUAGGGAAAUCUAUUAAAAUAUUUCCAAUAAAAAAAACGAUUUUUUCUAACUUUAACUUAAAUCAUGGCCACAGAGGGUAGUAUGAGGCUAGAAAAAUCAUUCAGUGUUUCAUAAAAACAUUAUAAAAUGCAAAAAUCUUUUCAAGAGUUGCCAAGGCACUCAUUAUCUUGCUAACAUUCCCAAAUUGUGCAAGCUGUGUGGAUUCAAUUUAGGGGCUAAAAUUGAAAAAUACAUAUUAAGCAAUGCAUUUGUUAAAAAAAAAAAAAUAUUUUUCUUCUAGAACAGCAAGGCCAUCUUUGACACAUUGAUAAAGAUUGGUAAAAUCAUGACCCCUCAGAGCUAAGGCUGGGGCAUAAUAUGGCAAUAUCAUUUAAUUUUUUUUUACAAAUAAUGUGUGAAAAGCAAUGUUCUAAAUAGGUGAGUUUUUGGGGUCCCUUGUUGAAAUUAUAUCUGUUAUCUUAAUGCUUUAUUGAUUUAAAGAUAUUUGGAAUUAUCCAUUAUUAUUUUGUUAUUACCUUGAUUUAAAAAAAAUGUUCAGAUUUAUAUUUUGUUGAAACUUGAUAUACUGAUACAAAUUGGUGAGAACAUUUCAACUGUCAUAAGUUUUUAAAGCAUUAAAACUGUGCCUACUCAUAUUUUUAUUUAUUAUACAUGUAUUUCUUUUGUAAUUAAAUUAUAUCUUUUGAUUUGAUCAAUGUAGUUGUUCCACAUCACCAAUAUGUUAAAAGUUACAGUUGAGAAAUUUUAACAGUAGAGACAAAAUUGGUGCAUCUUAUUGCUAUCAAGCUACAAAGAUUAAAUUUCUGUUGUAAUAUUUAAAGAUUAAAACUUUAUUUAAACUGGAUUUACCAUGACAAUUACAUCAUAUCAUCAUUAUAUAUAUUAUAUUUAUGUAUAUAUUUAUGUACAUUAAAAAUUGCUUUUAUGUAACAAGUUUAUGUCUUUUAUUUUUAUUUUUGCAUAUAAGGCCCCGCAAUUUGUGUGUGCCUUCAAGAGAUCUUUUUACUUUCUUCUCAGGGGAUGUUAUUACCAGUUAAAUGAAAUUUCUGUGUAAGGUUAUCAAUUGCAAUUGCUUGAUUUUCUGAAAACUUAUUAUCAGAGAUUUUAACAAGUGUUAUUUCAAAGACAAAGGUGCAAAAAAAUGGAUUUUUUUUUUAAUUUACACAUAGUGUAAUUGGCACUACUAGCUAUAAUGAGCAAUGGGUAGAUUGCACCUUGUAAGUUAUCAGCAAGCAUCCAUUUGUCCAUUAAGUGCUCAUUCAUGUCUCUUAAUUUUAUUUGCAUAUUUUACUCAGUAAAAAUAAACCUGUUAUUUUUAGCUCUCAUGAGCUGUAUAUAGAGUGGUCUUUUUUCAAUUCAGUUUUUGGUUAACGAAAGGCAUGUGGUUAGACUUGUAAACAUUGCUGAAUGUGUUUAAGAAAAAGGUUAAACUUGUAUGACUCAUUACUUGAAACCAUAAUAAAUACAAUGCAAACGUGUAA